CGCCGCGUGAUCGAGUGCGAGCCCACCCCAUCCUCGCACUGUAUCACGGCCCCGGGCUCUCUGCAGGCGAUACAGUGCGCCGUCCGCGGACCCCUGACCGCUGUAUUUUAUCCCGCUUUGCCCCAGCCUUUUCGGACCUAAUUUACAACCUCAUGUCCUUGUCCUCGUUGCCUCUCGCCGUCACCGAGCGCGAGACCUUGACCUACCCCCCCUUCCUUCUUCUCCCAAUGGUCGGCGCUCCCUCCCGAUAGGCCCCCGGUCACAUUUCGUCGUCCGCCAUCCUCCCGUGUGCGUCGCACCGCUGUCCCGUCGGCAGCACGGCUCCGGAGCGCCGUCUUGUGCCGUCCCGUCCUCCGGAUCUCAUCAGGGGCGUCGUCGCCGAAGGGGGAAAAAGUCCCACCAUCGGCUCCGGUCCGCAACGCUUCGGUCGCCCUGGAUGAGUGACGUCCUGUGAGACCCGUGUCUCUCGUGUAGCACGACGGACCGCCCGCGAUGCUGUCUCCUCAUGUGGACCUGGCCAGAAGCCAGGCUCCCCAUGAACAGCACCGCUAUCACCAACAGCACCAACAGCAGCAGCACCAACAGCACCAACAGCACCAACGGCAGCAGCAGCACCACCACCACCGGCAAGAGCACAAGCAAGAGCCGGAGCCGGAGCAGCAGCUGCAACAUCUGCAGCAAUACUCCGCCGACGAGUCGACGGAAGCCGUUGCUGCUGCCAAUGACGCCAUACGUUUUCAGUCUGGAUUCACCUCUCGUCCCGACCUCCCCGACAGGAAUGUCACCGUGGACACCAUCGAAGACGCCUAUGUGCGCUUCAUCUUUUACUGCAACCCCGCAGUGCGCCUGAGCGUCGACACGGACACGCUCAGAGAGGCCUUCCGCAACCCCCCCAAGAGCGGCGGCAAGGCCUUCCACCCCUUCGCCAUCUAUGAGCUGGUUCGCAGAUUCUACGCCCAUGAGAUCCGGACCUGGACCGACCUAACCAUUAUGCUCGGAGUCGAGCCCCCCGAUAUUACCAAGGACGAAAGCUCACAGAAAGUUUCUCAAUAUGGUGUCCGUCUAAAAAAAUGGAUGAACUCGAUGCAUGUCAAGGCGUUCUUCGAAUAUCUCAUGGACAUUCCCAAUGACUAUUGGACCAAUAUCCCCACCGAUCCCAACCCCGUAGCCUGGCCUGUCCGCGACGGCGUUGCCAUCGAGGAUGACAUGGCCCUGAGGGCUGUAGUGCCUGAGAUUAGACCCAAGAGAGGCCGCAAACGACCAGAUCCUGACAGCGGGCCCGGACCAGCGGCUCGAAAGCAGAGGAAAACGCCGCCAUCUGCAGUUGACGGCCACAAUCAUGGCGCGCAGCCUUGGUCGGCUCACCCUGACGGUAGACCAGAGAUGUCCGCGGACACAGAACGCUCCACCAACGGCGCCAGCUAUGGAAACCUACAGGCGUCACUCGGCCGAUGGCCGCAGUCUGCCGUGACGCCAACGACUAGAGGCACGUUCUGGGACGACGCCCUUGAACCUCGGUCGGCUGUCACGCCGUUGAGACCGCGGCAGUCUCAUCCCCGGAGAGGCCCCAAGAAUGUUUCGUCGGCGUGGAAGACGGGGCCCCACGACAUCGGGGGGAAGCUGAGAGGACGGCCACCGAUCCAUCGGACUCCUGUGGAGAGCAAUGCGCCGACUAACCAGCAAUGGAGACCGACAAGCCAAGAUGCCCAUGACGCCAACCCCGCGUACCCGAGAGCGCCAGAACAUUACGACCAUGGCCACGCCCAAUAUCAGCCAACCAGCCAACCCCCCCUGGGUGGCCACGUGCCGCCUCCAGUGUCGCUGCCGCCUGCAAUGCAGCACCAGCAUGCCGCCAAUGAGGGAGCACGACCAGCGAAGCCCAGCAUAUCGCUGCAGGUCCCAGAGCGGCAAGGAGGCUCCGUCAGGCUGGCUACACCACCACCCCUUCCGCCUCAGGCCCGACCACCAGAAGUCCACAUCAACGGCCAGCCCAAUGGUCAAACUCACGAGCGAAGCAACGCGGAGAGACCAUUCGCACCGCCAGGGGCUACCGACUCUGACCCAAGUCAAGGGCCAUCAAGGUGGCAGCGUUUUGCCAAGGAGGCGACGGAUGCCUAUGAGCAGGCCGCCAGCCUCCCCGGUACGGGGUGCGACCCACCUGUUGAGAUGCCCGAAUACUAUUUCGAGAGGAUGGGGGAUCGCACCAACGUGGAUGGACUCUUGGCCUACUUUGUGCGGUCCAUGACGGACUCGGAAUGGCUGGAUGCCGAGGGAAAUCCAGGUGAGCCGGCGGGGAUCGAGGAGUCAACCGCCAUGGUCAACUCGAUGCUGCAGAACAUGUACAAGACGUCGACGUCUCCGCAGGCCUUCCUCAUCAACCUCGCGGCGCUCGCGGGGUCCAUGAUGCUGGUGACGACCCGGCCCAAGUGCGCACGCAUGGGCGAGACGGACGGUACGCACGUGUACAAGUGCGACUGGGAGUAUCGCUUCGGCCACGUCAAGGGCAGCUUCACGAUGUCGCAGUACGUGCCGUCGACCAUGUGGAAGCCAAGCAAGGCAGAACCCCAUGCAGGCGACAAUCAAGCUCAAGGGGCAGGCGACGCUGGCGCGGGCGCCAGCGGCGAUAAGGAGCCGGAAGUGCCCCUGUCCGCCGACGAGUGGAGGAAGAAGUACCAGGCCUUGACCGAGGAAAUGUACAGGCGCAACAAGGAGAUACACGACCUGCGGUCCAGGGUGAUGUCGUCGCUGGGGCGGGAGUGGAUGGAGACGUGAUACCAAUUUGUUUUGGCGAUGCAUCAUGGCGUUUAUUGUGUGAACUAGGCAGCAUCAACGAUGGAAACCGGGCUGUCGGCACCAAGCAGUCCCAGGCUCGAGCGGCUGCUCGUCCUGCACAUGCAUGCGUUGUCGCAAGAAAAGAUGCAUAACGAAGCACCGCCCCCGCGUCCCGUGUAUUGUAUACUAGUUACAUGAAUGCCUUCUGUGGUGGCACCGAUUGUGAGUGUAGGAACCCUGCAUGGAUGAGGCGUAGCGUAGGCCACCACCUCCGCGACGGCGCAUGCAGAGUUGACAGGG